CAUCUUAUGCUUCCAGUCCAAGUACGACGCAGAGUGAAUUUCCGAUGGCAACAGACGCACCGCUCCCACCGCUCUCCCUCAUCGUCUCCUCGUCGCCUGAACCGACCUCGCACCUGACUAAUGCCUUAUCUCUUCUCUUCGAACCCUCUCCGCCCCUAACCUCCGACCUCGUACCCCAGCUCGAAUCUGCACUCCUCAAAUCCACCUCCCCGAUAACCACCUACACGCAGCUCAUCGAGACAGCACUCGAAAUAAUCCGAUCAUGGCCAGACGAGCUCAAAGCUAGAUUCAUAGCCGCGCACCCCCGCAUCGGGGAGGUGAAGAGCCUAUCCGCGCUCAGCGCGAAAGAGCAGGGGCAGACGGGAGGCAUCGUCGUGCACCCGACCCCGUCGGAAGUCCUCGCACGUCUCGCCCACCUCAACAAGUGCUACGAGUAUCGCUACCCCGGUUUACGCUACAUCACCUUCGUCAACGGUCGGUCGCGCGCUGUCAUCGCGGAGGAGAUGGAGGACGUCUUGGGGAUCUCGCAUUCCCUGAGCCCUGACCAGCCACCCGUGGAGACUCUGGGUGUCGUCGAGGUGGGUAGCGAGGAGUGGAGGAGGGAGCUGUACAGGGCGGUUGAGGACGUCGGCAAGAUAGCGAGGAGCAGGUUGAGCGCGCUAGGGGUGCAGUGAUAUCUAGAUUCCAUAAGCCCGGGCAGAAACAGACAACAUGGCGG